AUGAACAAACCAGCAACAUCCUCCAAUCGAAACAAACGAAGAGCAAGCAAAUCCAAGAGUGAAAAAUCAAAUUCAAAUUGGUGUAAAGACCCUAACGUAGAAAUAGUCAUGUUAGAAUCUAUGGAACAAGUGAUUCCAAUCGAUUUUGUUAAACCUUUUUCAAUUUUAAAUAUUCAUGUAGCGUUGAAAGAAGACGCCAAAAUGGACGUUCAGAUUGAACAAAUAGAAAAUCGAUUGAAUGAAUUGUAUAAUUAUCAAAUACUAGAAACACAUCGUCAUUGUGUGGAUGAUGAAGAUCCAGAAGAUUUUGUUUUACCACAGGAUAUUAUGGAAGAAUUCGGAGCAAGAGUGAUUGAUGAAAGUAGCAGCAGCAAGAAAGCAACACCAAGAUCAAAAAAAAGAAAAUAA